AUACUAUGGUACAGGCCUUCCGUGCCGGGGCUCGCACUCCUCCCUCAGCCUCGUCAGGCCUCCCGAGACUCUGUGACAGGACCCGUCAUCACUCCCUCACCAGACUAAAGGAUAUCACUGCCUACGUCCUCCCUGCCAGGUCGAGGGAGGUAGCCUUCACGGUCCCCCCGACGGUGUCACCGUUGUCUCCCCGUCGUGGGGUGAGCGAGUCCUCGCCCCUGUUCACCCGUCGGGUGGGGUCUGGGGAGACCACCCCCGUGGGCAGCGAGUAUGGUGGGGACUCACGUACCACAACCCCUUCCCCGGGGCCCUACAGGGCAUCCUUCUCCGAGAUGUCCACAUCUGCUUCAGCAGCAGCAGCGUGCAGUCUGGGGGCCAUCAACCCCGAGCUCUACAAGACAGAUGAGCUGGAGGGUGAGCUGGAGCAGUACCCUGAAGACCACAUCGGUAGGGUGUGGCUGCAGCUGGAGUACCAGACUGAGGCAGAGAAGCUGCUGGUGACUCUCAUCAAGGCUAAGAACCUUCCUAGCCGCCUUAUUGGUUCCAUCAACUCCUGCGACCCCUACGUCAGGUUGUUCCUGAUACCUGAUGAGAGACGUUACCUACAGACCAAAAUACGUAAGAAGACUUGCAACCCCAGGUUCGAUGAGACCUUUGUCUUCCAGAUAACAGCUAAGGAGCUGGAAGAAAGGGCGCUCAAACUGACCUUCUAUGACGUGGACAGAGAUAAAAAGCACGUUGUUAUUGGUCAUGUUCUCUUCCUGCUCAAGGAGCUGCAUCCGCUGGAGGGUAAGCGGCUGCUGCGGCAGGACCUGGAGAGGGAGGUGAGCUUGAGUCCCAGAGAGCUGGGGCAGCUCGACGUCUCUCUCUGCUACAAUGAUAAUCUUCAGCGUCUGACUGUGACGGUGGGCGACGCCAAGCAGCUGAAGGUCGACAAGGAACUACGGCAGGAGAAAAAUGAGUUCCAGGCCAGGAUUGCUCUGAUGCAGCAGACAAAGGUGACCAAGAGCAAGAAGACAGGUGUGGUGAGGGGCACUGACUCUCCCUCCUUCAACGAGAGUUUCCACUUCAAGGUCGCUCAAGACGCCCUGGACACCACGGCCAUCAGUGUCCUAGUAACCGUCGGCAAGAAGGCAGAUAACGUUGUGGGCCGCGUUCAGCUGGGAUCCUUCAUGUUCUCCCGCGGGAAAGCUUUGGACCACUGGAACCUGAUGCUCUCUCAGCCCCGCCAGCACGUCAAACAGUGGCACACACUCACCUAGGUCAUCUAUAUGUAUCCAUGUGUCUAUCUUGUAUUUAAGGGUGAUACAGGAUUAAAGAUGAGAGUUCCUACACGUAAUUCACAAGCUUAUAACUCUCCCUCUUUUCUCCUACCCUGAAAAAGCCUUUCACAAGUGCCACUGCCUGCCUCGCCACGGAUGUGUCAUACCCAUAUUCCUGGAUGGGAUCUCACCGUCACCUAACUUUCACGGGAUCUAAUCGUCUGUGGACUCAACCAGUCGUCGUGGAGAACCUCAAUCCAAUCUUCACACAUUUAGUGAACGUACCAUCAUUCUGGAGUAAUAUUCCUGUAUGUUUGUUCCUCUGAUGCUGUUACUAAGAAAAUAUUGUUUAGCCUAAUACUUGUCAUAUAACUGCUUGUGUUUCCAUGACUGCAUCAUCCCGUGUACGCCAUCACUGAAGCUCCCUUUACCUCAACACAUGCAAGAGGCCGAGUACCUGUACCUCUCAAAAAGCAGAGAAACUGAAGAAUUGGAUACAUGUGCAACAUCUGGGUGUCUUUAUUGGUAGACGUUGCGCCAUCUGGCUUUAUCAGUACAAUACAAGGCCAUAAGGGAAAGACUGUAGAACAAUAUACAGAAGACGAGGUAAUCAGUCCCUCAGCCUUAGAGCUGGUGAAGAGUACCGUAGUCCUUCAGCUCCAAGGUUGAAGGACAAAUUACCUCUUUUGUAUACAGCUCUACAGUUUUCCCAUUACGUCUUUGGAUUUGUGUUGAUAAAGCCGCUAGAUGAUGAAACGUCUACUAGUAAAAAUACCCAGAUGUUACACAUGUUUCUAAUUCUUCAUCUUAUACAAGCGAAGGGGCUGCAGCUUAACUCCAUUAUGAGACUUAAUGGAGAGAGUCAGGAGUUACAAUUCAACCCAGUAAAGUAAUUAUUCUGAAAGUAGCUUAGGCUAACAUUUUAACACCUUAUAUGAGCUCCAUCGUAUAUAAUGGAAUAUAACAGGGAAGCAUAGCUAGCUUUUGUACCCACUAUAUAAUUAUCACAUAGAAUAGGGUAGCAGCACACUGCUAAUGUAUCGAAUUUUGUUCAUAAAGUCACAUUACCCGCGAGGCCUGGUCACAGACCAGACCUAGGCCUGGUAACAGACUAGGCCUAGGGGACGCUGACCCCUGGUUGAGGCGGAGGGCAGGAGACAAUAAUACUUUUAACAGAAAAUGGUUCCAUUGUAAUAACACCAGAGGGAUGACUUAGACACAUGUGUAACAUCUGGGUAUCUUUACUAUGUAGACGUUUCGCCAACCAGCGGCUUUAUCAGUACAAUACAGAAGACUGGAGAGGUAGAAGAUGAGGUAAUCAGUCCCUCAGCCUCGAAGCAGGUGUUCAGUACCAGUGAUCUUCAACACCAGAGAGAGUUGACUUGUGGUUUCUGUGUUUCUUGAAACCUUUGACGUACAACUACUUACCAUACCACGGGCGGGAUUUGAACCCGCGAUCAGAGAGUCUCAAAACUCCAGAUCGUGUCAUUACGAUUUCGUGAGUCAUGUUUACAACUAAUUGGAUGCUGCUUGCUAAUAUUAAGGCAGAGAGGACUGAAUCGUCAAGAAUUCUUCCACUGUAAGUUACGCGUGUCGUAAGAGGCGACUAAAAUGCCGGGAGCAAGGGGCUAGUAACCCCUUCUCCUGUAUAAAUUGCUAAAUUUCAAAGAAAAACUUUCGUUUUUUUUAGGUCACCCUGCCUCGGUGGGAUACAGCCGGCGUGUUAAAAACGAAGAGAAAGGGACUGGCUCGUGUGACUUAGGAAAAUACCUGCAUUGGAUAGUGCAGCCACAGAAACUUGUGUAGUUCUGUAUAUACGUGGUAUACAAUACCCACAGUAUGAAGAAUUAGACACAUGUGCAAAAUCUGGAUAUCUGUUUGUAGACGUUUCGCCAUCCAGUGGCUUUAUUAAUACAAUACAAGGACAUAAUCUGAAGAAUAUAGAACUAUAUACAAAAGAUAAAGUAAUGAGUCCCUCAGCCUUGGAGUUGAUGUAGAGCACCGUAGUCUUGACCACGGUGCUCUGCACCUAUAAAGAUAUCCAGAUGUUGCACAUGUGUCUAAUUCUUCACAUCUAGUUCUCUUCGUACCUAGAGACGGGAUGUUAGUGUUCUGGUGAACUGCAGCCUUAAUGAUCACCAUGCAGUCGAUAGGCUUUAAACCAACAAAUAUUUUCGUGUCAUAAAAAUAGGCCUCAGAUGGCGAGAGAUUGCUACAUUCAUAUAGUAUUUUUUGGAGAGAGAAAUCUAGUAUAAUAUAGAAUUUUUCCCCACGGGAACCUGCCUUCAUCUAUGGAACACUUGGUACUAUUUAUACAUGUAGUUUAGAAUUAUUCAUAUGUAUACAUGCAUGUAUUCUUAAGGGUGUUUACAAGAUUUCUGCAUACAAAUGCUAUUUUUUUUUAUUUUCAUGUUAGUGUAGUCGGUGUUUAGUAACUAUACUGUAAACUAUGACAGUUUUUAAGUGGUACUUGACAAGCCUGGCAAGGUUUACCGUGCUCGCCAGGGUACGCAUAUACCUUACGUCCCUCCCUACACGGGGAUAUUAGUCUCCUUGAUGCAGGAGUCCCCAGUCUUAGUGUCGACACCUGAAUGACUGGAAACACUUUGUUUUGGAACUAUGUGAGUCCUGGUGGUGAGGAAUACCUCUGAUACUGUGCACUUGUUUCCUCUAGCUCUAGAGCCCUGUGCCCAUCCGAGCUCUUGGGCCCAGUGCUCCUCCUAACUCUUGGGCCCAGUGCUCCUUCUAGGUCUUGUGCCUUGUGCUUCUCCUAGCUCUUGGGCCUUGUGCUCUUUCAAAAUCUUGGGCCCUGUGCGCUUUCAAGCUCUUGGGCUCCGUGUUCCUUCUAGCUCCUAAGCUCCGUGUCCCUUCUAGCUCCUGGGCCCCGUGUUCCUUCUAACUCCUGAGCCCCGUGUUCCAUCUGCCUCCUGGGCCCUGUGUUCAUUCUAACUCCUGAACCCCGUGUCCCUUCUAGUUCCUGGGCCCCGUGUUUCUUCUAGCUCCUGGGCCGCGUGUUCCUUCUAGCUCCUGGGCCCCAUGUUCCUUCUAGCUCCUGGGCCCCGUGUUCCUUCUAGCUAAGAAGAUGUCAUGAUUGCAUUCCACACAGCCUAGUAUUCUCCAAUUUAUUGCGGCAUCUUCAUGCAGAUGAAGGAUUCUUGCUCCAAGGGAUUAGAGCUACCCUCCACUACCUCGGAUCAAACCUGAUUGCCUUCUAUUCCCCAGGCUAUGAACUACCCCUACGGAUUUAGCGUUAUCUGGUAACGGGUAAAAGUUAUUGUGUCAAUACAAUGUUUGCUAUAAGCAUCUUCGUGUAUGUUUAGGAAUGUUUGACGAGUGUUUAAUGUUGCAAGAAUGAGAGUCAUUAUGCCAGGGUAGCAACAAUACUGUGGCUGCAACGAUACAGUGGCUGCAACGAUACAGUGGCUACAACGAUACAGUGGCUGCAACGAUACAGUGGCUGCAACGAUACAGUGGCUGUAACAAUGCUGUAGCUACAACAAUACCGUAGUUGCAACAAUACUGUAGCUACAACAACACCGUGGUUGCAACAACACCGUGGCUGCAACUAUACUGUAGCUACAACAACACCGUGGUUGCAACAACACCGUGGCUGCAACAAUACUGUAGCUACAACAACACCGUGGUUGCAACAAUACCGUGGCUGCAACAAUACUGUAGCUACAAUAAUACCGUGGUUGCAACAAUAUUGCAGCUACAACAAUACCGUGGUUGCAACAAUACU